AUGUUCUUGCUGGAGAACCAACUUCCUUAUCAACUCCUCCAACUGUUGAUGAGCUCGAGCCAAAUACAGGAGGAAUUGAAGAAAUCAAUCGAUGACGUUGUUUGGAGAAACAGCCCUGCAGCAGCACAUCAGAACCGACAAAAACAGAGGUCACAACCAGGACAAGACGUAGCAAUACCCAUGGAAGCAGAGCCAACUCAUCUGCUUGAGCUUCUUCGGACAACAAUGCUAGGACGACCUUCACCUAACAACAAAGAUACUAAACGUUCCCACUCUUUUCGCAACGUGCAAGAGCUUCGGGCAACUGGGAUCCAUUUUAGUCCUAGUGAUGGCAACUCAUUGAGUAGCAUAUAUUUUAAUUCUUCUGAUCUAUUCCGGGGAAUCCUUCAUCUUCCUCAAAUAAAAGUAGACGACUCGACCAGACCCAAGUUCAUGAACUUGAUAGCCUACGAAAUGUGGCCUGAUUUCCACAAUGAUUUCGGGGUCACCUCUUACAUAUGCUUGCUCGAUUCGCUCAUCGAUCAUCCCGAUGAUGUAAAGUAUCUGAGGAAAAAGCGGAUACUUCGAAACUUGCUUGGCAUUGGCAAUGACGAGGAGGUGGCUCAGCUCUUCAAUGAGAUAGGCACUGACUUGGUGCCUAACAAUGACAUUUACUCCUCUGUUAAAGACAAAAUAGAAGAUCACUACGAUAACUGGGGUAACAGAGUGAUGGCUCAAUUCUUUCACGAGCAUUUCAGCAGCCCCUGGUGUGGUAUUGCUUUCCUUGGUGCUCUCCUAGGGGUUGUGUCGAGCAUCGUCCAGACUGUUAACUCAGUCCUCAGUUAUCAUAAUAAUAAAUAG